CGCGUGUGUGUGUGUGUGACCUCUUGUGCGCAACGGUCAUUCUUCUCCGGAUUUACGGCUUCUUAGCAUUCUUCCAACUGCUCAAUGACAAACACAAAGAUGUCUUUUGAUCCACACGAUAAUACCGAGCAAAUCAAUGAACAAAUCAGAAAGAACAAAACUUUCAGAGUAGCUUUCAUUCAUCCAGAUCUAGGAAUCGGUGGAGCAGAAAGAUUAGUAGUCGAUGCAGCGAUUGGUUUGCAAGAAUUAGGUCAUGAGGUAGAUAUUAUCACUUCGCAUCAUGACCCAACCCAUUGUUUCGAGCCAACACGGGAUGGUACAUUAAACGUUCGGCAUGCCAAGACAAAUGUUCCCCGACAUAUCUUUGGCGGACUUCAUUUACCCUUAGCCAUUGCAAGACAGAUGUCACUCUUUUUCCAACUCUUACUCGCUCUGUUCGCUUUCCGAUUCCAUGGCUCAAUACCAAGCUUCCUCUAUAAGCUACUAACGAGUCUUUCACCUUUGCAAGGGUAUGACGCAUUUGUCGUCGAUCAAUUAUCCGCCAUCGUUCCGCUCUUACGGAUCUUUACUGCAACAAGAGUCAUCUUUUACUGUCACUUUCCCGACAAAGAUGUGAGCAACAGUAUCGCCUUGCAAAAAGCCAUCGAGCGUGGUCAGCCAGGUCCAGGCGUUGUACGCUCUAUAUACCGCAUUCCUUUUGAUAUGUUGGAGGAGAUGACUUUAAGUACAUCAGACAAAAUUAUGGUCAAUUCCGAAUUCACCUCCAGGCAAUUCGUGCAAACAUUUCACCGUUUGGCAAGAAUUCCUAGAGUUGUUUAUCCCGGUAUCGAUUUACAAGAGUCUUCGGAUGCACAUAUCACAUCACAACUUGCAAAGCUUACCGCUAACGAAUCAAAGAAUCCAACAACAGAUUCCGGUGUUGAAUCUGUGCAAAAAGCGAUCCGAACAAUCGUUCAAUCAGAAGACAGGCCAACACUCAUCUCGAUCAAUCGCUUCGAGGCAAAGAAGAACGUUGCGCUGGCUUUAGAGACAUUUGUACAGGUGCAAAAGGAAUAUGCUGCUCAAGGAAAUUCUCAAAAGCUGCGUUUGGUCUUGGCAGGUGGAUAUGAUUAUCGAUUGCAAGAUAACAUUCUGACGUUGAAAGAACUUCAAGAACAAUGUCAAAAGCAUGGCUUGGCACAAUUGACACUCUUUUAUAAUCGUGCAAGUCCUCAUGAACCUCCUGCAAGUGCUCCUCCUGCAGCUGAAUGGAAGAAUGCAAGCGUGAUCUUCUUGCCAAGUGUACCGUAUGUGUUACUGACAAGUUUGUUGAAAAAUCGAUCAACAAGAAUCCUGCUUUACACACCAACGGAUGAGCAUUUCGGAAUCGUACCUUUAGAGGCAAUGGCAGUUGGUGUUCCCGUAUUGGCAACAAAUACUGGAGGUCCGAUGGAAAGCGUGGUAGAUUUGAAUGUACAGAAAAAUGAAAAAGGCACCACUGAUGGUCCGAAUGGAGGAUUACUCUAUACCAACACGAGCGGAACAGGUCUCCUUCGUCGUGCAAAGGCAACAUUAUGGGCUCCAGCUGCGUUGGAUUUGCUAAAGUUGAGUGAAUCGCAACAAAAAGAGAUUGCGCGAAACGCACAAGAUCGUGUGAAAGAAAAAUUCUCACGUCAAGCCAUGAGUAAACAGUUUGAGACUUGUUUAUGGGAACUUGAAAAGAUGGGAGCCGUUCGUGCCGAAGAAGGUUUAAUUCAAUGGUCAAUUUCCGUAAUGAUGUUCAUCUUGAUGAUGGGAACUUUUAUUUAUUUUGUACGUUUCGCCAAUAGAGCCGAACUUGAUGGAUUAAGAAAGCUCAGAUCUGGAAGAGCCAAACUUCAAGCAAUGCAAGAUUCAAUCAAUCAACAAAGAGAAGAAUUACAGGCAUCCAUCGCAGCAGCAGCAUCUGCAGCCUCUCAAUCGAGUUCUUGAUAUCGGGAAGCGCUACAUUCUGUAUAAAUGAUCUAAUCCAAUCAUCUCAUUGAGUGGCGAGUGUUUCACAAUAGAGCAA